UGUAUUUCAAAACACGACCUUUCACGAAAAAAUGAGAGAAAGGAGGUGUUGUGUGAAAACUGCCGUUGAUGGUGUGUUCCUACAGUCACCGCGGUGGAGUAGUUGUUGAGUUGUUUGAGUCAGAUUAACUAGAGUUGACGAGGUUGGUAAUCACUAUGAACAUUCGGUUGUCUUCUGCUCUGUUUUUUUGUUUCCUUAUCGCUGACUCUGCCCGACGUCUGACGAGAGACUGACGUAUUAUAGGUUGUUCUGCUUCUGUGAGGGAUAAUUUAACGAGCAGUGAGUUGAUCUGAUGACAUCACGAGGCGAACGCAGGUCGGUUGUGUGACUUUGAUGUUUGAUUUUUACUAUGAUGGACUGCAUAUGUACUGCUAACCGAAAUGUAACAUUGUAUUCGAUCCCUUUGGCGUCAAAAAUAGAUACAAGAUUCAGGUCGGCGGAGCAAUCUUCAGGUUGUUCCACUUACCACUUCUUGGUUUUGAUCCCAAAUUUUUUCGUCCUUUUGGAUUCAAAAAAGCUCUUAUAAAGUUCAAGUUUUGUUGGAAAAAGGUAUUUUUGUUUUUGUUGGAUACAUUCGAACACAGACUGUUAAGUCGCGUCUAGUUUCUCGGUGAGAAACACUUGAGAGUGAUACUGUUUGCACAAUUUGCACUCACAGCCUGAGACUAAUGAUCUCUGGUUGGUCAUUUCUCCGGGGCGAGCACAGGACGGGCCGGGCCCUUCCUCUGGGUCGCCGUGUCUUACCUCGUACACAGGCCUUGCCCGGCGGCUUCGCGGCAUGGAUGCCGUUCCUUAGCCCUCCCAGUGACGGGUGUGCCGAAUUCUGACAUCAGUCGGAUUCGAACCCUGCGUCAUUCAGAUCCGGAGAAACUGAACUGAGACACUUGACCACUAGGCGAAAUGAUCCCUGUGGAUAUUCAUUGGGGUUGCAAGGAGGAAGUCUCAGCUUCAUCAUUGGGAUAUCAUGUUGCAUGGGGAAACUUUCAUAUGGAAACGCUUAUGCUAUCAUCAUUGAUUCAUACGAUCAUCCUAUGUUGAUUCUCAUCAUUGAUCAGAACUGACAGUACGUUAUGAACCUGAUUACAGCUAUGAAACAUUCAUCAUUUCUUCUAUCUGAAUACGUUGAAGGUCCUUUGCCUGAUGAUCACUGUUUUUGGAACUAUAUGCAUUUAGGUCUGUAGGUUAUCUUUGAGAUCAUUCCGGUGCUGUUUUGUCCUUGACUGUAUUGGGAGGCUUGAGCCACAAACGAGAGAGAGAGGAGAAGCCAGAGACACCCGCGCGACGGUAAACCCGUCGGGCGUUUGGAUGGUGCUCCGGUAACCUUUUGCCUGGCGAUCUUGGUCAUUUUGCUGAUCUUCAUCCUUGUGAUCUUUGUGACAUUUCGAGGAUUAUGACCUUGACCAACACCUCUCCUCAAUCGUUGCGUGUCGAAGUCCCUAGUCUCUGGACUACCACGGAAGUCAUAUCUCCUAGCUGCUCUUCUAUGGCUACGGUAUACUCGGCUAGAAACCAAAAUAAACCGAAUAUACUACACUAUAGUAAGCUAAAUCAUCCCCAUUCGUUUCAUCGUCUGAGGAAUCACAAUCAUCAUGCUCAACUUUAGUUAUCGGGUUAUCUAUAUGGUGAAGUAGUAGUCUACGUUGAGACGAACUACAUUCUAACUUAGUUAAGCCAUCAGCCUUCAUUAAGUUAGUUGGACAGAAAACUAUCUUACUGGCCGCAUCACGCACACGCAAGUAGCGAAGUGCAUAAUGGCGACUCUUCGGGCGUGUGUCAGUUGCUUUGGCUGUUGUGAUCGCGGAUUGGUUGUCGAUCCAGAGCACAGCAUUGUCUAAAGAGGGAGACAAGCCGUUCUGUGUGUGUACCAACUGAGUUGGUAGAGGCCUAUAGAAGUCUGUAAAGUCAUGCAGUUCACUAAGCACAAUAGUGUCAGAAGCUGCAAUAUAUUCACUUUCAGCCGUAGAAUAGGCACGGACAGUUUGUCGGUUACUUCUCCAAGCAAUUGGAACGCCUUUGAAAUACAUGAUCGAUCCACUUGUACUUCUCAUAGUCUUUACGCAGUUGGCGAAACCUGCAUCACUAAAGAUAUUCACCUCUGGCAUAUCUCUGCCUUCAGGUAGUAACUUUGAAUAGAUUCUAUUGAAUUCUUCUUCUUGCUCUGGUGAGUAUUCCAGUCCUUGGUCUCUCGUUGUCACCAGAUACUUUAGCACUUUUCUGGCUGCUUUAACCAUUCUUGUUGACGCGGGUUUGCUGACAUGUCUAGCCAAUGCUGCCACCGGUACAGAAAUGUCCGGGCGCGCGGUUACAGCUACCCAUAGCAAGGCACCAACUACCUCACGAAAGGGAUACCCUUCGACUAUCUUGAUCCCCUCCUCAAGAAAAGCCGACUCGUCAAAAUUGGGCGAGUAAACCGGUUUUCCGACAUCAAUUUCGAAUUUCUUUGCGAUUUUAUCAAUGUACUCCUCCAUAUUGAGCCGAAAUGUUCGAGCUUCACGGCAGUAGUACACGAUGGCACCUAAGAAGUCGAACCUGAGCCACGUUUGACCCCAAGGGGUUGGAACGGACUCCACAUCAAUCGCACGGCCAGGGGCACGCGAGAAGAUGAGUUCUAGUUCGGUCUUGAGCUCAUCAAGAUCAGGACCCGUUGCAAGAUUGUCAUCAACAUAGACUGACAUCUUGAGGAACUUCCCAGGUACCUUCGCACUCGGCUUUCUCCAUAAGCCUGGCGCAGAAUCACACGGCUCCCAGCCAAUACUGGCUAGUAUGUCGUGAUAUUUCUUGAACCAUGCUCGUGGUGCGUCCUUCAAGCCGUAUAAGGCCUUCUUGAGCUUCACGAUCUCGCGUCCAUGCUUCUCUGCCCAGAUGGGUGGGAGACGGCAGAAGACAUCGCGAUCGAGUUCAGCAUUGAGGAACGCAGAAUCUAAAUCGAACGGGAUCACAUAGUCCUGUUCUGACGCAGCAGAUGUCAGGAGCAGCCUAUUAGCGGCGUGUGAAACUACGGGAGCAAAGGUGUUUAGCUCUCCUGAACGAUCUAGAUUACCGAGGACACAAGCGCGAGCCUUGUAUCUUCCACAUCUUUUAAUAGUUAGAAUUAUGGCAAUUGGUAGAGCCUGUCGCGCGGUCGCAAGCUCCUCGUCAGAAGCUUCUUUCCACGUUUCAAAGGCUAGUAGUCUCGCAUGCUCUUUGUCAAUAACCUCCCGCCAUUUGUCGGCAUCAGGAGACUUGAGUGCUUGAGCAACGGACAAAAUCACAUAUGAUUCGACGAAUUCCUCAUCUUCGUCUAAUUCACACGUGCCACCUACUGCACUAGCGAACAGCGCCACAUUCUUUCUCAGUUCUUCUAACUGUUUCUUUGUUCUUCGAACCCUGCUGCCUGCUUUGUCCUUCGCUCCUUUUGGUCGGCCACGCUUCUUGACGUGUGUACGGCGUUCGCCUGCCACAACACGUGCUGGAGAAGGCGCUUUCGACUUAGACGGACUUAGCGGAGCAGAUGUCUCGCGAUCCUUCGCUUCAGCAUUCCCCUCCUCAAGUGAAACACCUUUUGGAGAGUCAGCUGCGUUGGAUUCCUCUACUUUAUCCAGUGUCUCAAUAAAUAAUUCGUCGGAAAUCGCGGUCGGUCCACCUGGAAUGUGCUCCGUGCCAGAGAACCCCGAUUGAUGAUCCAGCCUUUGCACUGACUGUCCAAGCAAGGGGGAGCCCAGCGACGACGCGCCACUCUGCAGAUUUUCCAGUUCGUCAUACUCAAUGUAGAUGCCCUUCUGAUCUGGCAAAAGCCAAUCGAUAUUUUUAAUUAGAUAGUCCUCUCUGAACUUUACAUCUAGGGUAGAGUAUUCCGCCCAUCGAUGUCCAAGCUUGCAACGAUCGUCAUGAGCGAAAGUUCCAACCAACCAACCAGACGACUUCGGACAGAGUCCAAGGAAGACGCCACGGCGGUACUUGGCCGAGAGCUUGGGUUCAGGAGUGUUGGCUUGAAUUUGUUCACGAAAGUAAACUAGACAACCAAAUCGGCGGAGCAUGCCGAUUGAACUCUUCGAUGAGUUUCUACCAGUCCUUUCUUCUAAGAUUUCAAUUGGACUCUUUCCAUCAUGUUGAGGCAUUUUUGCAUAGUUAUGCGGUAAACGAUCCCAGCAGUCACCAGCGUACUCGACGCAGUAACACCAGAGGCGUUUAUCAACUUUAGUCAGCAUUGUGCGUACACUGCCGAACAAAGUCCGCAUAAAACGUUCGCAGGUCCCAUUCAUCUCCGGAUUAUAAGGAACAGCCGGACUGUCUGAGACUCGCAGCGAUUGCAUAACUUUGGUCAUGUCAUCACUGCUCAGGACAGGUUCUCCAUCCCUCCGGAGGAACCACACUACCUUGUCAUCAAGUGAUAAGGAGUAGUCCUGGCGAAUGCCUUUGAUAACUUCUUCUAUUUCCUCCACACAGUCACUUUUCAGCUUAAGCGGUCGACAGAACACCUUCUUAAUUACAUCACAGAUGAUCACUAAUACACAUCUCUUUGACCUGACUGAUACGGGUUUGAUUCCAACAGCAAAGUCGAUUGCUAGUAACUUCAAUGGUUCAGGUUUGUAGUUCGAAGUAUCUCUAGCUUUUGCAUGUGGUGCGCGUUGGCCUUUAUGUAGAUCACACUCAGGGCAAUUUACCUGGAGGCCAUCUAUAUGAAAGUGCCCACAUCUUCUAUGAAGUUCGAGUCUUGUAAGGUAACAACUACUGACUCCUUCUUCUACUGUUGAACAAAUAUAACCACUAUCAGUCUCUUCUUUAAAUAAGUUGCAUGCAAGUAUGGGAAGCUGCAAGCGUGGAUGACUUCUUAUGGGUAUGGCCUGGCCGGUGUCCGUAUGUACGAGACAACCACCUGCGCCUUUGAAGUUGAAUUCCCAUCCUAAUUGCGAGCAGUUCCCUUCACCUAACCAAGGUAUAAUACGAUCUAAGUCCUUUGGUAGUGAAUCAUAAUAAACACCAUACUGGAGCCCUAAGAUGUUUGACUUUAGUUUUCCUACUCUUCCGUCUUUACUUCCAGCGCUACCAGUAAUCCUACAAGUUCUCAUAGUUAUUUCACUAAAAUCGUCUUUGUGUCUUGAAAGAUAUUUGUUUGCACAACUAUCGACUAGACUAACUUCUUCUCUUGUAGUAAUGGAACUAGUUGAAAGACUAUGUCCCACAAGUUUUACCUCCCCUGUAUUAUUUACGUUUAUUUCUUCACCCUCAUCUUCAUCCAAGUUCAGCGAGCAAAAUCCGCUUUCCACCGGUUCCGCAACUCAGCUCUGCUUUCCGCCGUUGAGAGCUUGCCACAGCUCCGCAACUUGGGACAUGUGAACCAUGCCAUUACCCUUUCCACCUUUACCCAUAGCACUACUAGAUUGGGAAUUGGUGUUCCAGUUCCAGUUUGCCUGGUUCUGUGGAUUCUUCCAACAAGACGCGGAUUUGUGACCCGGUUUGUUGCAGAUCCAACAGACUGGACGGGUGUCUUGUUUUCCAGAACCUUUAUUAUUUUUGUUCUGCGGCUUUCCUUUGCCGUUCGAAUUGGAGGCAUAGACCUCGGCGGCGAUCUUCUUCUUUGUGUUUGCCUUGAAGCGCUUGAGAGCACUUUUAGACAGAAAGAUCUUACCACCUUCAUUGGCCUUUUCCUCGUCAUCCUCCUCUUCACGAGAACGUUUAUUCGAGGUCUCCUGAACAUUGACCGGGAACGCCUUCCCGAAGGAAUCGUUCUCAACUUUGUAGGUUCCCUCCUCGAUCAACGUCGCAAGACGCUUUUCAAGUCGGUCACCAAUCUGGUCAAAUGUCAGACCAUCUUCUUCCUGCAUGCGUUCGAUCGUUGCCUUGAAGUUCUUGCAGAACAGCUCGGGCAACUUCUGUAGCAGUGCACCAUUUUGUUGGUCACUUUCUGGCACUCCUGCUUCCGGCGGGUACACGGUGGGCGACUGGUUCAUGAUGUCUCGGACUUUCGACAAGAAUCCUGUGACAUCUGCAGGUUGAUCCGCGUUGUGGAACUUCAACACGCCAUCCGUAAGCGGUUUUACUUUCAUCCGUUGUUCCUGACGGUUGUUUUGAUCGAAGUGUCCUACAUCACGAAGGAGCACAACAACCUCACCUGCAUCCAUCGCAUCCACCUGCCCAUUAUCGUUCUGGUUGUUGAUGAACGACGCAGCGGCACCUUUCAGACUACGAAUAAUCGCAUCUUUCAGGUUGCGCCACUUCUGCCGAAUUGUUUCCUCCCGAUUGGUAACUCCGUUAGGAAUACCAUGAGGAGCUGCCGGAAUGCCGACUACAUUCGUGUAGUUUUGAAGCAGGCCGAGACGGCUAGCUUCCUGACGUAUGGCAAGUUGCCAUGCUCGCCAGUCGGACUUCUGUCCGAGUUUCUUCGAAAUUUCUUUCGCAUCGCAGGACAUUUUGAAAAGUUGUUUCUAGAUGGAUUUCUACUCUAUACUUAGCUCAAGGGUCAAAGUAGUGUUGGAUACAUUCGAACACAGACUGUUAAGUCGCGUCUAGUUUCUCGGUGAGAAACACUUGAGAGUGAUACUGUUUGCACAAUUUGCACUCACAGCCUGAGACUAAUGAUCUCUGGCUGCUUUGAUCCCUGUGGAUGUUCAUUGGGGUUACAUGGAGGAAGUCUCAGCUUCAUCAUUGGGAUAUCAUGUUGCAUGGGGAAACUUUCAUAUGGAAACGCUUAUGCUAUCAUCAUUGAUUCAUACGAUCAUCCUAUGUUGAUUCUCAUCAUUGAUCAGAACUGACAGUACGUUAUGAACCUGAUUACAGCUAUGAAACAUUCAUCAUUUCUUCUAUCUGAAUACGUUGAAGGUCCUUUGCCUGAUGAUCACUGUUUUUGGAACUAUAUGCAUUUAGGUCUGUAGGUUAUCUUUGAGAUCAUUCCGGUGCUGUUUUGUCCUUGACUGUAUUGGGAGGCUUGAGCCACAAACGAGAGAGAGAGGAGAAGCCAGAGACACCCGCGCGACGGUAAACCCGUCGGGCGUUUGGAUGGUGCUCCGGUAACCUUUUGCCUGGCGAUCUUGGUCAUUUUGCUGAUCUUCAUCCUUGUGAUCUUUGUGACAUUUCGAGGAUUAUGACCUUGACCAACAGUUUUUAUCCUCCACCACGACUACUGUCCCAGAGUACAACUUAGUUGAUUUUCUUACUCGUAUCCUACGACAGAUUUGACAAAUUUUGUAUUUUACAGUAACCGAUUCCGAUAAUCUUCUAUUGUAGUUUUCUUAGCUUUAGUCUCUUCCACCACCACCUGCUCAAAAACAAAAUGUGGAGGCAAGCGUUGCGUCCUGUGAAGCAAGCGUCGGCCCGACGUGGGGCUUCGUUCGGUGCUUCCUCGUCGUCUACUUAUCGGCUCUACGCACCCGUAGCAUCCCAGCAGCGUCUCUUCGGUUCUGCUGCUCCCGCUCCAGCGAGUACUCCGGAACCGCAAAGCACCUCUGCGGCUACCAAUUCUAGCAGCUCUUUUACUGCGAAACCCGCGUCGGGCGUGCCGACUCCGAGCGCUGAGACGCUGAAGAAGAUCAACGAGCCGUUCGAGUGGGCACCAGAAGAGCAUUGGCGGGACCCGCUGAAUUUGGAACGAGAACUAACUGAGUCUGAGAUCCUGAUUCGUGAUGCGGCACGGAAGUUCACCGACUCGAUCCUGCGGCCCCGUGUCCGCGACCAUUUCCGCCAAGAACAAGGAGACACACGAGGCAUUAUCAAGGAAAUGGGUGAAGCGGGACUGCUCGGUUUGGUUUUGCCCGAAAAAUACGGAUGCGCAGGAGCUAGUCAGACCAGUUACGGGCUAGUGGCUGCGGAAGUCGAAAAAUGCGAUUCGGGAUACAGGUCGACGCUCAGCGUGCAGUCUAGUCUGGUACCUACUUAAAAUUUUGAUUUUUACUUAAAGCUGAAUAUUUUUAAUAUUUUCAAUAAAUUCUUGACUGCGUUUGUUCUUUGAAAAAUUGCAUUCAUCCACAAUCUACUAGAUGUCCUCGUGCUGGUGUCCUUUGUGUAGAGCGGUGCUGAGAUUAUCUCCGCCCCUUCAUAAUAUUUUUCUUGCCUUCACAACACUAGGUGAUGUGGCCGAUUUAUCUUUUCGGCAAGGAGCCUCUGAAAGAGCGUGUGCUCCCGCAACUGGCUGCGGGAGACUUAGUUGGCAGUUUUGGUCUUUCCGAGCCGAACCACGGAAGCGACCCCGCUGGUAUGACGACGACCGCUCGUCGGGACGGGAAUUCCGAUAAUUGGUUGCUUUCCGGCAGCAAAACAUGGAUCACAAACGCGCCGAUUGCCGAUGUUUUUAUGGUGUGGGCCAAGGUGCAUGACCCGGACGACAAGCAGUUGCACGGCAAGGUUCGUGGCUUCGUGAUCGAGCGACAAGAUCAAACCGGCAAGCCCACGGCACUGGAGACGCCGAAGAUCGAAGGCAAGUUCUCUUUGCGCGCGAGCCCAACAGGCAUGAUCAUGAUGGACGGCGCGCGCGUUCCCGCUGGCAACGUUCUGGAUAUUGUGGGGAUGAAGGGUCCCUUUACGUGCCUCAACAGCGCCCGACUCGGCAUUGCGUGGGGAGCACUGGGUGCGGCCGAAGAAUGCGUCUCUAUCGCGCGUCGCUACCUCUUAGACCGCCACAUGUUCCAACGCCCACUGGCCGCCAACCAGAUUAUCCAGAAGAAGCUCGCGGACGCGUGGACCGACAUUGUCCUCGGACAGCACUUGGUUUUGCGACUAACACGCAUGAAGGAGCAGAACGAACUCCACAGCAAUAUGAUCUCCAUGGCAAAGCGAAACUCCUGCACCAAGGUACUUUAUUUUCAAGAGAAAUAGUGGAGCAUAUGCAUAAAAAUCGUGAAGAUGUUGAUCAGCCAUGAUUAAUACUCCUGUAGUUUUCGUGAGGAAGAAUUUAGAAUUACUCUUUGUGUCAUCUACAUCUUCCCUACUGAGUUAGUACUGCAACUUUUACAACUAUGUAUGAUUUAGCCUCUUUUUCUCAUAACAACUUUCAGGCUUUAGCCAUCGCACGUGAGUGCCGAGAUAUGCUCGGAGGCAACGGUAUUGUAGACGAGUACGGUAUUAUUACGCAUGUUCUGAAUCUCGAGGCAGUGAAUACCUAUGAGGGCACUCAAGACAUCCACGCCUUGGUCUUGGGACGUGCAGUUACUGGCAUUCCAGCAUUCGCAAACUGAGCACACCUCCAAGAAAUGUUGGAACAAUUUUCUUGACUUUUUGAACGUGUAAUUUUCUGCAAGAGGACUAGGUACUUGUAGAAGAAUCCGAAGUUAAGGAGUUGCACUACCAGGAUUGCCACCUUUUAGUUCGUUGUAAAGAUCACCAAGAACUACAGAAGCAAGCAGUAUACAGAAGGUUCCUCUGUGUAUAGAAAGACUAAGUGGAGCUUAACAUCCUGAUCAGGCGAAGUAGUGAAACGAUUCACAAUCUUCUUGUCAGUCAUCGAGAAAUGAAGAUUGACUAUUUUAGUUCAAGUUUAGGAGCGACAGCUUCGCCUUUUGAGACCGAGUUUGGUAUGUUCAGUCUGUGCGCAUUUUAAUCGAGUUGUGUGCAUUCUAUCGUGAUUUUACUUUCUAGGUUUUUAUUCGUGUUAUUAUUUAUUGAUGCAUACGCAUUUGCUUUACGUUAAUGUCACGGUCUCUUAACGUGACACCAGGCAACGGCAACGUUGCUUUUAUUUGUGUAAAGUUGGUGUAAGUACAUGAUCCAUACAUAGCGUGACUUCUUUCAGUAUGCGGCAGACUAAGUUGUUGUAUCAUGUGCGUUCUCUAUGCAUUCAACGGACGUUUUCAUCCUUGCUAGCCUGAUUCCUUCGAUAUAUACAGACGUGCCAGGAGGUACCAGAAACUAACUGAAGCUUCUAUCAGUUUUUUUGAAACAAAAUUACCGCUCUGCGGCAUUAAAGUGUAAUUAUAGGCGUUCCUGAACGACACACAGGGUGGACAGAAGGAAAAAUACACAAUUGACUGCAGUGCGGAAGUUUAUGUUAUUGUAACGUCCGGAACACCGCCGUGCAUUUUUUCAAAGAAUAGCAAGUUCUUGUUGUCCAGUCUGCUGAUUAUUGACAUGUUGGAUAAGGAGGAGAUACUGCUCCCUCGAUGGAUUGGAAAUGCCCUGAACAUACAGCAUCUACUUACCUCAUCUUCCGUGUUAGUAGGCGCAUACCGAAUAAGAAUUGAACUUCGGCGUAAGCCCAAAAUCAUGCCUCGUCCUUGAAAAAUCAUCGGAAGAGAUGAGUGACGGCCGACAAAAACUAGUG